AUGCCUUCAGAUCCUCAAAAUUCAGACUACGUUUACCACUUUGAUGCUGCAAACUCUAGUUCAUGGCCAAGUUUUUCAAACACUCGACAACAACCUAACACGCUCCCAAUAGCCUCGUCGUCUUCAGCUAGACCACCACCACCUAGCUACGAAGAAGCAAUUUCUGAGCCGGAACUACCUUCAAGAAUAGUACUCUCGUCUGUUGCUUCUGAGAAUGUUAGUGAACUUAUCCAAGUUGUUGUGGAACCGCCUUCAAAUAGUAAUGACAAUAACACCCGAGAAACGCAGCCUCUACUCUCUGACACACGGCAAGAAUUAAAGUCAAUAAUAUCAGCAACAAAUUCUAAACUUUCUGAAGAAUCUCGUUCACUGGACAACAAUAGCAAUAAUACAAGUAAUGGUGAGGCCCAACAACCUCAGUUUCCUCCUCCAGGAUAUUCACUUUCUGACGCGACCUUUGAAAGAACGCAAGAAGGUGUAUUUUCGGACGACGAUAAAUUGAAUAAAGAGUCAGAAUCACUAUUUCGAUUCUUUCAAGCCCAUAAUGAUAAACCCCAAAUGGCUGUUUCCAUACUUGGUUAUCAUGAAGAAAGUCGAUCUGAGCAUUACUUUUAUACAGAUGAUCAAGGAGUUCGACAAUCUGGCACUAGGCACUACACAGAACAAGUGACAGAUUUUCACCUUAAUUUGGAGGUUACAGAAUAUAUAUCAGACUAUGGCAAGAUUACUACUGUGCCUGAAAAGAACAAACCUACCAAAGAAAUUAAAGAAUUGUUGGAAGAAUACAUCAAACACAAGAACUCACUUAAAGAAAUAGAAAUGCGAAAGAUGGUGAAAUGGGAAUACGAAGGAAUCUCAAAAGCCAUCACUGCCGCAAUCCGAAGUCAAGGAUACUCCAAAUAUCUAACAAUCUCCUACCCACUUCGAAAUCACAUUGUCACUGUGCACUCCAACACAAAGCUGAGUCGUUUUGCGCGUCAUCCUGUCACAAAAUUCCUUUGCAUUCUAUCAUGUUUAUGGAUCAUUUUCUUGCCAUUAAGCUGGCUCUAUAAAAAGAGCUUUAAGAAUCAACUGAGAAGUGAGUUUCAGGUGAAUAUUCCGGCUGGUCAAUGGUUCAAUCAGAAUGUGCAGACUAUUGUUGCGACUGUGCGUUGGCUUUAA